AUGGGUAAUGUAUUCCCUUGGAUCUCUUGGCAUCUCUGGACCACGAGGAACAAACUCAUCUUUGAUUCCAGAUCUACUACUCCACAUGAAGUUGUGGUACAAUCGAUCUGCGCCAUGAGAGAUUGGGAAUCAUCCCAAUCAUCUCUCCCCUCUGCUGCCCUCAAACAGUUACCACCGACGCCACCGCCGAUUAUUCCGACAGCUACAAUCUUCUGCAACACGGACGCGGCUUGGAAAUCGGACUUCAACUCGGCUGGUCUCGCCUGGAUCUUCUCUGAUCAAUCAGGCCUGGAGAUUGCUAGCUCUUCAUCAGCACAAGAUCAUGUCGCCUCCCCAUGCAUGGCUGAAGCCAUCGCAAUCCGAGAUGCCCUACUCCACGCGGCUUCUCUCAACUACUCCCACAUCUGUCUGAGAACAGAUUCUCAAGUGAUUGCCCAAGCAAUCAACAGGAGAUCAUCGACGAUGAAACUCUACGGCUAUCAGACAUUGACUCCCUUAUCUUUUCAACCUCUUCGCCUUUUGUUUUUUGCUUCGUUGUUUUCAUUCCCCGUACGGCCAAUGGGCCUGCAGACCAGCUAG